AGAGGGGAAUAUUUCAUAUGCUACUGUGAUUUGCACAACUCAAGUAUCUUGCAAAAUAUGGAAUAAGUUGGAAAACCAGUGCCUGAUUUCAUACUAGUAGUAAAAUAAACCUGGAGUUCAUUAUACUGAUACCCCUUUUACCAUGUGCCCAACACCCGUGAUAAGUCUGGAAUGCAAAAGAUUCUACACCAAAUUCGUACAGUAGUACUAGUAAUCGUUUAUUUUUCGUACAAAAUCAUGGUGAAAUAAAUCGAAUUCAAGGACAAACGUCAGCUGAAGGAUUCAAAUUCGUUUGCGAGUCUCUUCGUUUUUACGUGGCGCGCCAAGGCUCAAACUUCUUUGCACCUCUGUUCUGAACGCAAGGUGUCCGCCAUGGCGCCCGCGCUCCCCCGCCGCCUCCUCCCCUGGCUCCGGACCCCACCUUCCUCCUCCUCCGCCGCCGCCUUCUCGUCGGCGCCCUCCCGAGGCUGCCCGCUCCACGCCGCGCUCGCCCGCCGCGGCGCCCCGGCGGCCGCCUCCCUCGCCCUGUACGCCCGCAUCCGCGAGGAGGCAUCGCCGCCCACCCCGUUCACCUUCUCCCUCCUCCUCGCCGCCCUCGCGUCGUCGUCGUCGUCUUCCCCGUCCCCUUCUCCGUCCGCAGGCUGCGCGCGCCUCGCCGCCGCGUGCCUCGCCCACGCUCAGGCGUUCAAGUGCGGCGCGCUCGCGCACCCCGUCGUCACCAACUCCCUCCUCAAGCUCUACUGCUCGCUGGGCCUCCUCGACCGCGCGCGCAGGGUGCUCUACUCCGGUGGUGCCGCGCUGGACGUCGUCUCGUGGAACACGAUGGUGUCCGGGUACGGCAAGGGCGGGGACCUGGGCGCUGCGCGGGAGGUGUUCGCCAGAAUGCCCGAGCGGAACCUGGUUUCCUGGAGUGCCAUGGUGGACGCGUGCGUGCGUGCCGGGGAGUUUGGGGAGGCUUUAUGGGUGUUCGAUCGGAUGAUGCGGGAGGAAUUCAGGCCAGAUGUGGUGGUGCUGGUGAGCGUGCUCAAGGCAUGCGCGCAUCUCGGCGCCGUUGAAAGGGGGCGUUGGGUUCAUAGGUAUCUGGAGACAGGGAGUUUUGGAGGUAGGCGUGGAAAUCUCAUGCUUGAGACAGCUCUUGUGGACAUGUACUGCAAAUGUGGGUGCAUGGAGGAUGCCUGGCAAGUUUUCGAUGGAGUUCAUCGUCGCGAUGUGGUGUUGUGGAAUGCGAUGAUCGGUGGGCUUGCGAUGAAUGGCUAUGGUGAGCGUGCUCUCGAAUUAUUCCGAAGGAUGCUUCAGAAGGGUUUCAUGCCAAAUGAGUCGACGUUUAUUGCUGUUUUAUGUGCAUGCACCCAUACAGGGCGUGUGGACGAAGGGAAAAGGGUUUUCAAGUCCAUGCAGGAUUAUGGCAUUAAGCCACAAAGGGAGCACUAUGGAUGCUUAGCUGAUCUCCUUGGCCGUGCAGGGAAUGUAGAAGAAGCUGAAGCUCUGUUACUGGAUAUGCCAAUGGAGCCACAUGCUUCUCAAUGGGGUGCACUCAUGUCAUCAUGCCAAAUGCACAAUGACAUCAAUGUGGGUGAGCGUGUGGGUAAGCGGCUUAUUGAGCUAGAGCCAUAUGAUGGUGGCCGUUAUGUUGUUCUAUUCAACCUAUAUGCUGUCAAUGGUCGAUGGGAAGAAGCAAGGACCAUUCGGCAGAUGAUGGAGGAUAGGGGAGCCAAGAAAGAAACAGGUUUGAGCUUCAUAGAGUUAAAUGGUUUGGUCCAUGAAUUUAUUUCCGGGGAUACAAGACAUCCUCUCACAAGGAAAAUCUAUGCACUAUUGGAAGAUAUAGAGAGGAGAUUGCAACUAAUUGGCUAUGUUAAGGAUACAAGCCAGGUGAUUAUGGACAUGGAUGAUGAGGAAGAUAAGGGCAUCGCCCUAUCCUACCACAGCGAGAGGCUGGCAUUAGCAUUUGGUAUCUUAAACAUUCCCCAGGGCGUUCCUAUUCGUAUUGUCAAGAACCUUCGAGUGUGCCGUGAUUGCCAUGUGCAUUCCAAGCUUGUGUCCAAGCUCUACGAGCGGGAGAUCAUUGUGCGUGACCGUCAUCGUUUCCAUGUGUUUCGUGAUGGAGUAUGCUCAUGCAAUGACUAUUGGUGAAAAAGAUUUUACAUUAUUGAGUAUGAUUGGAAUCAUGGACAUCGUCAAAGGAUGGCCAAAAUACUGGCCAAGGUAUUUAUGGUCGAUAUAUCAGUAACCAAGAUUGUAGGCAUAUUAAUCCUCUUUUAAAAUGGUGGAUGGAACUAUGAUGAACUUUCGUGCAGGUGGUGGUAACUAAUGAACUCUCAGGUUUGCCAACGCCUCUUGGGUGGAUCUGUUUGAAACUGUAAGAGAACAAGAUCAGUAGAUCACUGUUCUUUCUGGAGUAUCAGGAUAAUCAGUGUAGGCGGAGGCCGUUUCUUGCAGAGCUGAUUAGUUUCUUUUCAAGCUUGUUUGCCUGAACUCCAAGGGAUAGAAACGAGUGGACACGCUCGCCAUCUUGGACUGAUCACUGAUUGCGUGCUGACGGUUGACAUUUUCCAUCGACGAUGGAACUCGCGCGCUUUCGGUGUCAGGGGAAUGGCGGGAAGGCAGACGAUGGAAUCCAAGAGAUGGAGGAGGAGCUUCCAGAACCCCUCGCUUCCACACUGAAGCUCUCCCCUUUGCUUUGCUUUCCUCACUCCAUAUGUGAUUCCUUCCUUUUCCACCUCCACCCAAAAACUUUCCACCCACUCCACCUCUUCAUCACACCCACUCUCUCUUUCUUUCUAAUGGAUUACUCGGGCGGCGGGCCGGCGCCGGCGCCGGCGACGGGGAGAGCGCGGGUGCGGGGGCGGUGGUGCUACUGCCGCUGCUUCCGGCGGUGGGGCCGCUGCUUCUGCUGCUGCUACUGCUGCAACUCCUUCCCCCCCAUCCAGGACGACCUCCGCGGCCCCGCCACCGCCGCCACCUGAGCCCCACGCCCUACAGAGAUUUCGCCCCCAACACUUCCUACCACCUACCGUACCAGACACGUUAAUCAUGUAAUCAAAUGGUCGCCAUGAGGACUGCACCAACCUUUGUUGCUAUAUAAACUAGGCAAGACUACCUUUCUGUUCAGAUGUGAGGGUAUGCUAAUAUUCAGGAGUUAUUUUGGACAAUUACUGGACAAGAGAUGUUCUUGGUAGCUGUUUAAAGUACUUGCUUGUAAGUUUAGUGAAAAGUCCAUGGACAUAUUGCUUUACGGUAAAUCUGUGAGGAUGGAUCAAGUGAUCAUUUCCAUGGACAGCAGAGUGUUUCCUGUAAUAUAUAACAACUAUACAUAUAUGAAAAUUACUUGUACAUAAAGUGAAUUAUAUCUGCUGUUUCAUUCUCAAGUAUUUACUAUGAGCUUUCACAUCCUGGUA